AUAUUUAUAACUUUGGUGUCUGGAGGUGGAAUAAAACCAAGAGAGGUGGUCGUGGUUGUGUAAACUGAUGUUGGCAAAUGACAGGGAGCCUUAAGGCGUCUUCUUACUGACACCAUAUACUUAUAUGGUUCGUCCCUUCUGCUGUUAUCACUCUUCAAAUAUUUUGAGGCAAUAAUAGUUUGAUUCCGAGAAAGCGACAAAUUGGGUGCUGUACCUGCAAAUUUCAUACUUCUUGUUAUGAGCCGAAGACUUUAGAGGACUUCCAAGGAUAAUUCUUAAUAUGUUUUGCAUUUUUGCAAAAAGGAGCAGAUCUGUCAUAUGGAAUGGCUCAAAAUUUGGACACAAGCAAAAGUGGCCAAGAACCGUUAACUCAUUUUCAACAUCGCCGAGGAGGCCAAAAUCAAGCUACUUCCACUGUCCGGGCGAAAAGCCGCUGUCACCUGUGAUCGUGGGACAAUUGGUGGACAUUUCCGCAGAAAAAUGGCCGGACAAGACGGCGCUCGUCUCCUUUCAUCAAAACACGCGUUUGUCCUUUCGACAAGUGCGCGACAAGGCGAACCAACUUGCAGCUGCUUUUGUGCGACUGGGACUCGAGUCCGGUGACCGCUUGGGGAUUUGGGCGCCCAACUGCGAGGAAUGGUACCUCACGCAGAUGGCAGCGGCCAAAGCAGGCCUUAUUUUGGUUACAAUUAACCCACUUUAUGAAGCUAACGAGCUGCGCGCGUGUUUGCGAAAAGUGCAGGCCAAAGGGCUUGUUUAUGGAGACCAAGUGCGAAAUCGAAAUAUGCAUAACAUCUUAAUGCAGGCUGCGCCCGAUUUGGAAACAAAGGGUGACGGCGCGGUGCGUUCCUGGCAUGUUGAAAGUCUCCAAAAUAUCAUCGCAAUCGGGUCCAGUCCUCCAAAGAUUUCUCUGCGCUUCGAGGACUUGCUGAGUGAAAAUUUGGAAGCCGCGACAGAGACCGUAUUAAGAAUUGCUGAAAAUAUUCAACCAGAUGACCCUUGCAAUGUUCAAUUUACCUCAGGAACGACUGGACUUCCAAAAGCUGCCGUGCUGUCUCACCACAACAUAGUAAACAACAGCUACCUAAUUGGCGAUCGAUACAAACUGAAUGAAAACGACGAAAAUUCAAUCUGUAUGCCAAACCCGCUGUUUCACGCUUUCGGUUGCGUCAUCGGGACACUUGUUGCGCUCAGCCAUGGAAUCAAGCUGGUUAUGCCUUCUCCCCUUCCAAGCGGAAAAGACAGCUUGCGAGCCCUCCAAGCGGAAAAGUGCACCAUUGUUUAUGGCACUCCUACCAUGCACAUUGACCUGCUCAACGCAAUCUCAGCAGAAUCCGUCAAAAAGUCUGACCUGUGCGUCAAAAUUGCAGUCACAGCUGGCGCAUUUUGUCCUGCCGAAAUCCAACGAAAAAUCAAGACCAGUUUGGCAGAUUUUGUCAGUACUUGCUAUGGGAUGACCGAGUGCAGUCCUGUAAAUUUCCAAUCGUCAUCCACCGACCCGCAGGACACAUUUGACGUGUCCGUAGGCAAACUGUGUGACCACUGGGAGGCCAAAGUGGUUGACCUCAAUGGCAAAAUGGUGCCCUUUGGUUCGCCAGGCGAAUUGUGGGUCAGAGGUUACGGCACCAUGCUCGGAUAUUGGCAAGACGAAAGAGCCACUAACGAAGCGCUCAGACCAGAUGGCUGGCUCAGGACGGGGGAUCAAUUUGUAAUCGACGAGAGAGGUUUCGGCAAAGUGGUAGGCCGAAUUAAGGAUUUGAUUAUUAGAGGCGGCGAAAACAUCUACCCUGGCGAAGUUGAGGACGUUUUGCAGACGCACCCUGACAUUGUUGAAGCUCAGGUCGUUGGAAUACCUAAUGCAAGGCUAGGUGAGGUCGUUUGUGCAGCUGUCAGAGUUGCAGAAAACAAGACUUUGGAUUUGAAUGAAGUAAAGGAAUUCUGCAAGGGCAAGAUGGCCCAGUAUAAAAUUCCGCUGCACAUAAUAAUUGUACAGGAUUAUCCUAAAACUGCAACAGGUAAAAUUCAAAAGUUCCAGCUAAAGGAAGUUUUAGCCAAACUCAUACAAGACAGCAAAUAACAAAAAAUAUUAUAAAAUGCGACCUUGUCAAUGUUAACCAUAUUAUGUUGUGUUUAUAAGAUUUUUAUUAAAAAAAAAAAAAAAAAAAAAAU